GCCCCCCGGCUCCUCCCGCGCCAGGAAUUAGAAGCCAUAUGUGUUCAACUACAACCGGGGCAGAUGAAGGAAAAUGAAAGGCCAGCACCAUCUCUGGCACCAAUCCAGUCUAAUGCUGUAACACUGAGUCAGCUGGACAGUAGGGAUUCCAAUAUAUCAGGACUCAGCAUUAUCAAUCCCCAGAUCAUUAGGAUACAGCCUGGUACAGGAACUGAACAGCAACAGUUGUUCUUGCAAAAUUCUGAUUCUCCAGUUCAGCUACUUGUGCAGGGACCUUUACACCGUCAUGGAUCAGAGUCUGGGAAUAAGAUUCCUACAUGCAAGACACUAAAUGGACAAAAAACUACAUGUGCUACUACAGGCUCCCCAAAUGUUUCUUUGGUUGCAGCCAGUUCAGCAAAUACUCCAAUUUCAAGCCUCGAAAAAAAGGAAAAAAAAGAACUAAAGCUAAAAAAAUCUUUGAAAGUGAAAACACGUUCUGGGAGAAUUUCACGGCCUCCAAAAUAUAAAGCUAAAGAUUACAAAUUCAUUAAAAUGGAGGAUUUAGCUGAUGGUCAUCAGUCUGAUUCCGAUGACUAUUCUGAACUAAGUGUUGAAGAAGAUGAAGAGGGAAAGGCAGAAGGAAUGGAUGCUUUGUUCAGUGUUUCAAAUUAUAAUCUGAAACCCAAAAAGUUUAAAUGUCAGAUUUGUGAGAAAUCAUAUAUAGGAAAGGGAGGAUUAGCGCGACAUUAUAAACUUAAUCCAGGUCAUGGACAACUGGAGUCUUCACAGCAAAAACUACCUUUGAAUAAGACUAAUGGAAGUGUGUUUGUGUUUGUGGAGAAUGCUGGAGGAAAAGAAGAUGAAAGUGUGAGUCCGAUGCUCUCAGAACCAAUUACUGUCACUUUAAAUAAUGAAAAUGCACUAGCCAGUGGUUUUGAAGAAACUGCUUCCUCACAGGGUGAACAACAGACUGGCAAAUCUUCUGAAGACAAACACUUGUUGGCAACACAGCAAACUGAGUCUGGAUUAGUACACCGGGGACCUGGAAUGCAGAAAGGACCUGGAAGACCCAGGCGGCCUAAAAGACGUGGCCGGCCAAGGAUGGCUGGAAGAUCAAGGUGUUCAGGAAGACUUAGUAGAUCUGGUCGGUCCCCUUCAAAGUCGCUUAAUAAUGUGUCGACAGACCAUGUAUUUAGAAGAAAAGCUAGGUUAAAAGAGAUAAUCCAACAAUGUGACAACGAAGACUUAAUAGAGCUGGCACUGCCACGCCUUGCAGAAUUUGUGACUGUGUAUGAAUUUUUAUUGAUGAAGGUUGAAAACGGUUGCCCAGCAAGAGCGUUUUUCCCAGAUGUGUACAAGGAAUUUGAAGAGUUACAUAAUAUGAUAAAGAAAAUGGCUCAGGACCAUCUCUGUAGUUCUGAUUUUCUGAGUUCCCAGCAGCCUAUUGAAAUAAAAAAUCCCAAGGUUGCUGAGUCACUAGGAAUUACAGAAAAAAUUCUUGAAAAGCAAACACAAGCUGCAGAUUCUUCCCAACAAUGUACUAUUAAAACAGUGGCUGAGCAAGUGCCUGCUGAAAUAGUGGGACAAAAAAGAGUAAUUGAGAAUUCAGGUGGGGAACUGUUGCCAUCAGCCAAGAAGACCAAAGUAGAAGACCCAUCAGGGAAUAUGAAUGAUGUUUAUGCUAAUCAAAAUGGAGUAAAGCAGAAGAGUGGGAGCUUGAAGACACUGACUAUAAAAGAUGGUUUUAAUCCACUAAAUGGAGAGACUGUACACUCUGAGGACAGAGGUAUUACUCAUUGCACAGUUGGACUUGCAUUACAUGAAUCGUUUGCUGAUUUAGAAACUAGAUCUGUCUCUGCAAGUUCACAUGUCCUCCCUCAGUCUAUGGAAAUGAGGAUGGAGUACCCCCAACCUGUAAGCACACAGGGACCGAACAGUACAGGUAAUGUAUCUCCACCACACACUGAAGCCUUGCUGCCUGUUGUGACAGAUCAUUCACCAGAGGAAUUUGUUGAAGCACAGUUUAUAAAUGAGAGUGCUGGAGGCAGACUGACAAGUUCUGAAUUUUGUAGUUCCAUGUUAUCAGACAUUGUGAUGGACAGUCAGAGUUCUAACUUGUCAGUGAGUGAACAAAAUGAUUAUAACGGAAAAUUCCAAAAACUUCAGCAAGAAGAAGAAAUCCAGAAUUAUGGCAUGACUAACAAACAUUCCCAACAACUUAAUGAUACUAAUAUAGCUGAACAGAUGCAGCACCUUGAAAAAGUUUUUUCAACUAGUAUUGUGCCAAUAGACCAUCCAUGCAGGACUCAGACUGAACCACAUGACAGUCCUGUACAGGAAUCCUCCAUAGCCACCCAGGUGAAUCAUGGAAGUCCAUUAAAAAAUGUAGAUGAAUUCUCUUGUGAGAUAGAAGAACAGCAUACUGGACCACAUGAGCUAGAGAAUGUGGUUACUGUAAGCGAAACUGUAGCCUUUGAGAUUACUGAUGAGAGCCAUGAAUUUUUGUCUCAGGGACAUGAACAGAUCUUUAUUCAGACUUCAGAUGGGCUUAUAUUGUCCCAUCCAGGUACCGCUGUUCUGUCUCAGACAGAAGGCAUAGUUAUUGUAACCGAUGCUGAUGGUACCACAAUGCACAUUCGUACACCUGAUGGGGUCCCUUUCGAAACUGUGGAAGCACUACUUGCAAUGGAAGCAGAUGGCCAAAGUGAAGAUAUUUUGCUCUCACAUAGUGAAGAGGAGCCAUAAAUUAAAAAAAAGAAGAAUCCUAUUUAUACAUGCUUUCUUCUGGAAAAGACUCUAUCAAAUGUAUAUUUUUCUAAUGUGAAUACUGGAAUUGAGAUUUAACUUAUUUGUAAACUGUUUCUAUGACCUGUACUUUUUAUAUAAACUUAAGUUAUAAAAUUAGCCACAUUACAACCAAAAAUUCUAAGGAAUAUUUUUUUUUUUAAUUCUAUUUGCUCUUAAUAUGUGUCUGAGGGUGGAAAUACGUUGACCCUGAUUUUGUUGCACUAUUUCUCUUUUGUUACAUACUUAUUCUUCUCUCUGGCAAAUAGAAACAUGGUAUAAUAUAUUGCACUGUUCUUGACAGUGAUGUGCUAUAUGCUGGCAGCCUGUAUAUGGGAUAAAUAAAAACUAUAUUAAAAA